AUGUUAUGCACUAAUAAGCUGAAAUUGAGAAUGUGUGAAGAGCUCUUUAGUUUCUUGCUUGCUGGGAUUUCCCCCGUUGUUGUCAUUUGUGGUGGAGUGCUGCUGGGUGUUCUGCUCAUUCACUUUCAUCCCCUUGUGCUAAGUACAUGUGGUCAGGUUGGUUAUUUGUUUACUGUUUUACCUUCUGCGUCUGUGACGUAUUUUUUUGUUUUGGACUUGGAUCUGUGACACAUUAAAUAAAAUGUUUGAGAGUGUCGUGAAAGCAAGCCUUGAGAUAAUAGAAUUCGGAUGGAGCAAGGACCGGUCUCUUGUGCACACUUUUAUCAUGGGAUUCAUGAAGAAAUGAUUUUGAGGAAAAGAAUCAUGUCCAAUAGUUGACACUUGGGGCAGCAGUUAAGGAGUUAUGUUUGAAAGUAUCGUGAAGGCAAGUCUUGAGAUAAUAGAAUUCAGAUGGAACAAGGACCAGUUUCUUGCACACACUAUUAUCAUGGGAUUCAUGAAGAAAUGAUUUUGAGGAAGAGGUUUAAUUUAUGUGUUUAUUCAUAAACUCACUUUCUGGUAUUUUUAAU